AUGGUAGUGUGACGCGAUUCGGGGAGAACACACCUACCCUGCACCGCUCUUUCGCAGGCAGUUUUCACUCCAUUUUUUUGUUUCUCUAUCUUAGCCGCGUGUGAAAGAUGGAUACACACGCUUUUGUUUCUUUUAAGAAAAGCGGAUUCCUCUCUCACUCAAUCAGUGCUUUUCGUUCUUCAAAUUUUGAAGGUUUUGCAGAACUGUAGAACAGAAACAAAUGCCUGAGGUUCAGUUAGGUGCUCACACCAUAAGGUCCCAUGGAGUUAAAGUUGCCAAGAAACAUAUGCAUGACUGGCUGAUUCUUUUGCUUCUCGGCGUGAUGGAGAUCGUUUUGAACGUCAUAGAGCCAUUUCAUCGCUUUGUUGGACAGGACAUGAUGACAGACCUGCAAUACCCUUUGAAAGACAAUACUAUUCCAUUUUGGGCUGUUCCAAUCAUUGCAAUAUUGCUGCCUUUUGCUGUCAUUCUUGUCUAUUACUUUAUCAGAAGGGAUGUAUAUGAUCUGCACCACGCCAUAUUGGGACUUCUCUUUUCUGUUCUUAUUACUGGAGUUAUUACUGACGCCAUUAAAGAUGCUGUUGGUCGACCUCGUCCUGACUUCUUUUGGCGUUGUUUCCCUGAUGGGAAAGGGGUUUUUGAUAAUAUCACAACCAAUGUUAUGUGUACUGGUGACAAGAGUGUCAUCAAGGAAGGACACAAAAGCUUCCCUAGCGGGCAUACUUCUGGGUCCUUUGCAGGUCUUGGUUUCCUUUCUUGGUACUUAUCUGGGAAAAUCAGGGCUUUUGAUCGUGGAGGUCAUGUAGCAAAGCUAUGUUAUGUCUUUUUACCAUUACUUAUUGCAGCUCUGGUCGGAGUUUCUCGGGUUGAUGACUAUUGGCAUCAUUGGCAAGAUGUAUUUGCAGGGGCUCUUAUAGGGACAACAGUUGCUUCAUUUUGUUACUUGCAAUUCUUUCCGCCUCCUUAUGACAUGGAUGGUUGGGGACCUCAUGCAUAUUUUCAAAUGCUGGCAGAGUCUCGAAAUGGCCUUCAAUCUGACAUGAACACAAAUAGCUUAAGUGUACGGCAAACAGAGCUUGAUACUGUAUAUGUUGAAUCUCAAUCUCAGGUGGAAACUUCAAGAUUAAAUACUCGAGAAACAAGCGCCAUUCUGGAUGGAUCCAGAAGUGGAAUGACCCGCUGACUUUGGGCUGCUACCAUAGAUAUAGACAUAUCAGGUCAUUCAGGUGUCAAUACUUUGUAAGAUAAGUAGAAUGUGCUAGCUUACUUUAGCAAUCCUUCACCUUUUUGUGCUCGGUACUGAUGCCUGUUUGUGUCUUGUUUUUAAACUUCAGCCGGUAGGAGAAGAUUGGGUUGAAGUAUGUAGUAGUCUUCAAUCUUCCUGCUAAGAAUCAUUUGUUCAUUUGUUUGGAUGUCUGACACAACAGAUAGUUUGUAGUAUGAUUUUGUAUUGUAUUGAUUUUGCAGAAGUUGAGUUAUUUAAGAGUUUUUUAUAAAAAAAA